UAUAAAAUAUUGUUGGUGGGUACAAGGGGUAGGUAGGGUAUAUGAAAGGACCUUCUCAUGUCUUUCAACGCUAUAAUGCUCGCAUUUCUUGUGCGGUUGUCGACUCGGAAAGUUAUCUCGGGAUAGUGUCGAGAAAAAAGUAAUAAAAUAAUUUAGGCCCAUCCCGACAUUUAUCCCGAAACAAUGGCAAAAUUUUUGGCUCUUCUGGUGAUCGCAUUGGUCUACGUAAUUGUUAACGUUCAGAGUCAAGCAACAAGUAAAAAACCUGUAAUUGGACAAUCAUUUGAUGAAAUUACUGUCUCAUCGGACCUACAUGUUAAGAAAAGAACAAAACAACAUCGCCAAGACAAGAAAUUAACAAACGUGCCAACAGGAACAACAGGUUCAUCCGGAAAAACAACUGAAAUUGCAUCAAGACUUGUAUCAAUCAGCGAUGGAAGUACAUUUGUACUUGAUAAAAAAAGACAGCGACGAGAAACCACAAAAAAAAGGUUUUUCGAUCUUGGGUCUGCUGAAUACUUGUUAAAGUCUCGAAAACGUCGAGAUCUUGAUGCAAUUUUCUAACAAAAGUAACUCCGUAAGCAACAAAGUAAAAAAAAAAAUCAAAAAAAGAAAAAAGAGCACGUUUUGCGAGGACAACCGCACGACAUUCACCAUCUUCAUCUGUGAUCACACCUUUCGACCUCAUUUUGGACUUCGCCUGUCACAAAAAACUAUAAUAAAAAUUUUCAGUCACAUAAAAAAAAA